CCAUCACAGUUUCUCCGGGUAUUCAAGCCCUGCUCAGUUAACUUCAGCACCAGCAGCCAUGGCCGAGAUCAAAACGGGCGUCUUUGCAAAAAAUGUCCAGAAAAGGAUCAGCAGAGCGCAGGAAAAGGUGCUUCAGAAGUUGGGGAAAGCCGAUGAAACAAAAGAUGAACAGUUUGAGCAGUUUAUCCUGAACUUCAAGAAACAGGAGGCAGAGGGGACGAGACUGCAGAGAGAACUGCGGGGAUAUUUAGCUGCUGUCAAAGCGAUGCAGGAGGCCUCCAUGAAGUUAACAGAGUCUCUACAUGAAGUCUAUGAACCUGAGUGGUAUGGCGCGGAUGACAUCAUGCUCAUUGGAAAGGGCUGUGAUGCUCUAUGGGAAGACUUUCAUCAGAGGCUGGUGGAUGGGGCCCUUAUAACCUUGGAUACUUACCUGGGACAGUUUCCUGACAUUAAAACUCGCAUUGCGAAGCGUAGCAGGAAGCUGGUGGACUAUGACAGCGCCAGGCAUCACUUAGAGUCCCUACAGAACGCCAAAAGAAAAGAUGAUGGCAAGAUGACUAAGGCAGAAGAAGAAUUCAACAAAGCACAGAAAGUAUUUGAAGAACUGAAUGUAGACUUGCAAGAAGAGCUCCCGUCUUUGUGGGACAGUCGAGUUGGUUUCUACGUGAACACAUUCAAGAAUGUAACAAACCUGGAGUCAAAGUUUCAUAAAGAAAUUUCAGCUCUGUGUCACAAGCUGUAUGAGGUGAUGACCAAGCUGGGAGAGCAACAUGCUGACAAGGCCUUUACUAUCCAAGGAGCACCAAGUGAUACUGGUCCACUGCGGCUUGCCAAGACACCCUCGCCCCCAGAUGAACCUUCACCGCCUGGCAGUCCUGAAGCCAGCCCCAAUCACAUGCUGGCACCCGCCUCACCAGCACCAGCUCGUCCAAAGUCUCCAACGCAGCUAAGAAAGGGUCCUCCUGUCCCACCUCCUCCAAAGCUCACCCCUACGAAAGAACUGCAUCAGGAACAAAUCUUCAACUUGUUUGAGGACAACUUUGUCCCAGAAAUCAAUGUCACCACACCCUCACAGAAUGAAGGACCAUGGGCUGUGAAAGAGGAGUCAUUACUAGAUCUGGAUUUUGACCCCUUCAAACCAGAUGCAACAACGCCGAUAGGGAAGACUCAGUCCCCCAGUUCUCAGGCAUUACCAUGGGAUUUGUGGACAGCAAGCGCUGGGCCAGCACCGCCUCCUGACUCUUCAAAAAGUCUCUCUCUCUGUAACCUCUCUGUGGAUGACAGCACUCAAAGUCACAAUGCAGAAGACAUUACCCAAUCAUAUUCUGACCAGGGUUCAAGCAGUGGCUUAGCAACAAGCUGGGGCUUAGACUUUAGCACCGCUAGUGUCAGUAAGGAGAUGGCAGCUAACAGAGACUCUGGGCAGCUGUCUUCCCAAGGAGAGCAAGGAGGGACUGUGGAUGAAGUUCACCAGUUAUGUUUGGACCUUGGGAAUCCUGUAGAGGGACAGGAGUGGCCACCAGCAGACAGCUGGCAGGAAGCACCUCUGGAGGAGCAGGCAGAUACUGCAGAUGCAGAGGUUAGGAGCUGGGAAAUCGAUCAGUGUCAAGAACAGGCCCUCGACAGUGAUCCCUGUGCUGUGGGUGACGGUUUAAUGGCAGGUGUUUUGAGUACAGAGGAUGUUCAUCUAGAGGGGGCUGGGGUAGAACAUCUAGGAGAGAAGAGUGAUGAAUUUUCAGAGAACAGCGAGGCAGGUUGGAUAGAAGAAACAACAAUCGAUGAGCUCAAUAUGCCAGGGAUAAUAUUUACUGAUGAAUAUGGGCAGGAGAUACAGGAGGAAACCCUGGUAGGGGUAGGGCAAGGCUUUGGUUGUGUGGACAGUGCAGAUGAACUGUAUCCUGAUGACAAACCUUUAGAAGUAGUCGAGAAUGAAGGCGGAUAUGUAAAAGAUUCUGCGUGGACAGAGGUGGAUAAUAAAGGGCAGGUUGAGGAGGGGGACCAAAUGGAUGGCGAGAUUAUGGAGGCUCAAUGUGUAAAUACUGUAGAAAGUGAUGAUACUGGCCUUGAAGCAUUUACAGAGGGGGUUGACGAGAGUCAGAGCACAGAGAGCAGUGUGUCAGAGGGCCUGAAACAAUGGAAUAGCACGUGUCAAGUUGGUACUUCCAUUGAAGAACCUGAGAACCUGGGAGCAGAAGUAUCAGGUAAUGUGGGGUUUGUGUCCGAGUCUAUGGUGGGAAACUGGAAUGUGGAAACAGAAAUACAUAACUUCAGUGACACCAAGUCUGAGGAUGAGUCCAGCUUUUUAGGACAAUCAGAACAGAAUCAGAGCCUGAUCGACCCUUUUCAGAAGGAGGUUGCCCUGGAACCCAGUUCAGAUAGUGCACUCCAAAUGCAAGACACUAACCGCAUAGGGGCUGAUGUUCAUGCAGAGUGGCCUCUUUGCCCAGAAACUGUAGAAAAGACGCUGACAAACAAAGAAGAAAAAGGAGGCAGCUGCGGUUCUGACACAUGGGGAGCAGAUAAAAAUCACAUCUGGCCAGAAAACUGGGAACCAAUGGUAAGCAAUGAUGAUUGGGGGUUUUCCGCCCCCCCAGAAGGUCAGGCCAAUGGCUUCAACCAAUGGCCAGCAUUUCCUGGGGCACCUGAUGAUACAGAAGGAAGCAACAGUAACCCCUGGCAUGAGAUCAGUGACAGCAGUGGGUUUUGGCCCACUGGCGGUUUGGGAGACUUUGGAACUGAAUGGGGUGGUACCAUUUUAACAGAUGGGGACCAGAAAAAUAGCUCUUUUACAAGCCAAAAUGUGGUUGGGGAAGAAGAAAGUAACAGCCUGGUAGAGACGGUCAAAGAUCUGGCCAAACCACAGGGUCACUUCAGGAACUCCAAGAACACUAGCAUCGAGAGUUCAUCCAGUCCAAAAGAUAAUGAAAACAGCUCUGACUUAUCAGAAGAUGAGGUUGCAAACCAGAGAUAUGGAACAUUAUACCAGGAAAUAGAUGCUGAGAAGGAAGAGGUAUCCAACAAUGCUUUUAAUGGAUUCUCUCAGCUGGAUGCGGGCACCUCCAUGUUUACCUCAGAUUCUAACCCGAGUGUGUUCGAUACAAUGCCUGAUGCAGAAGUCCCUCCUGCUGUGGAUUCUCGGGCCCCUGAGGCCCCCUCUGAGCCAGCCCAGGAAACUCUGCCAGCUGAGCCUCAGCAGGCAACAGAGAAGGCCGUGGACAAUGUUGAGGCGGAAGUGAAAGAGCCUGUAGUAAGCGCUGAGGCAGAGAGCACAGAGGCUACAACAGUGAAUGUGGAAAGUGAAUCGCCCCCAGCAAAAGAUCUGGCAUCAGCAGUGGAUGUAGAAAACGAAUCCCCCACAACACAGGCUCCGGCUUCAGCAGUGGAUGUGGAAACUGAGUCCCCAACUGCACAGGCUCCGAAUGUAGAGCCUGAAGUAGAAGAUGAAAAUAAAGAGGUUACUGAAGACACUGAGAAUAAGCAGUUCCAGGAAAAGAUGACUAUACCAUCAGUGGUCAUUGAACCAGCAUCAAACAAUGAAUGGGAUGAUGAGGAACUACAGGCUGAAGAUGUCUUAGAACCGGAGGUGGUACCUGAGCCUGACAGCAAAGUCAGUGACAGCAGGGAAAUGCCAGCAGCAAUACCAGAGGAGCCAGCAGCAGCAGCAGCAGCUCAGGAGAGUCAGCCACUUACAGAACCAGCAGUGGAGACUAAACCUGAAGUUGCUACAACACAAAGCCUGCCUCCUGGGUACCUCUAUAAGGCUGAAGCACUACAUGAUUUUGAAGCUGCAAGUUCAGAUGAACUUGAUUUGAAGAAAGGCGAUCUUGUCUUAGUUAUUCCUACUGCCCUAGUGGAAGAUCAGGAAGCUGGCUGGCUAACUGGAAUUGCAGAGAAUGACUGGCUGCAGUAUCAUGAUAUCACCCAUAAGGGACUGUUUCCAGAAAACUUCACUCAACGCAUUGAAUAGAGAUCUGAGAAAGCAGAUGGUUUAACCAGCUGACUGACUUCUGAGCUAAAUGCAGCAAAAAACAUGGUUCUCCGUAUUCUGGUGAUUCCAUUAGCAAAUGGCUGAAGUGGAAAUUUUUAAAAUGAUUUUAACAAUAUGAAAAAACUGGAGCAUGAAGCAAGAGUAUGGUCUCCCUUCUUCUGAAACCAAUAACUAAAUAUGUUUGUUUACCUGUAAGCAGCAACGAAUUUAUUUGUGCUUUGUUGGGAGCUGUGGUGAUCCCACAUGUAACCCCUUCCUGUGAAAAAAAGAAAACGCUAAUUCCUCUUAAGACAAUGACCUUAUCUUCUCUGCACUAAGUGUAUUGUAUGAAUUUGUUGCUCUGCAGCAGAUUUUUUGGUAACCUGUAGUGAUAUAAUAAUCUAUAUAACAGUUGAAAGUGUUACACAAUUGCUGAGAAUUUUUUAAAUGUUUAAUUUGUCAUAAAUGUGACCCUUGCAUCGUAGAUUUGUUUUCUCUGUAGUGUCAUUGCUGAGUGCGUUGCUAUGAUGAUAUUAGGCAUUUUGGUGUUCAUAAACAAAACUUGCUGUUCCUCUGCCAAAAAAACAACAACAUAACAGUAUAGGAUGUAUUGUGUAUUUCCAGUGUUAAAUAUCUAUAAUGUUUUACAAGAGAGCCUUUCACAAAUGAAGACUAUCUACUACAGAGUGUUAACACAUCCUCCAAAUAUGUGCUUCAUAAUGAUAAACACCUAGUAAUAACUAUGAUAACAGAAGUCAAAAUUGAACUCCAAAGUAAGAAAAUUCUGUAAAAUCAUAUACAAAUUAUUUAUUUAUGUUAUCAUUAACUAUAUUUUCCAUUUUAUUUUUUAUAAGUAAAAGCUAAUGGGGGAGGGGUGGACAGUAAUGCAAUACAUGUAACUGUUAAUAUAGCUCCCAUAGUCGUAUCUGUUCAAUAAUAGCUGGAUUAACAUUGUAGUGUGCUAACCGUCAACCUUCAUAGUAGAACCCAUUGUGAUGUACAUGCUUAUGUUUCUUAAUUUAAUGUGAAUAAAAAAUAGUUCACAAAGAUAUAAA